ACAAACUCCUAAACUUCAAUCACGGUAUAAAUACAUAAGAUUUUUAUCAAGAGAGCCAGUCUAGAAGCGGUCGAAUCAAUACCAACUCAUCGGCCAUGAAACAACAAGUUUUAUUUUGUUUAUUAUUAACAAUCGGUGCUGGAACGUGUAACGGCUAUGGGGUCAAAGGUUCAUUUAGCAAAAGUUACAGCAGUUCUUCGGCAUCUGCGUCAUCAUCUGCCUUCAGCAGCUCCUUCUCAUCUGGAGACGAUGCCAAUCUAAACGAAAUAACUAAAUCCUUAAACGCAGGAGCUCAAGCUAGUGCUGCAGCUUUCGCACAAGCUGAUGCUGACGGUGCUAAAGCCGGUUCUGGAUCGUUUGCUACAGCUGGUUCGGCAGCAUCGGCAGGAGGAUUUGCUGGAGGUACUUCAGGAUCCGGUUCUUCCUCUAAAUCCGAUCUUCAAAUUGGAUCUGGCGUACAAUUAGGACAUGGUAGUCAUUCUGUAAACUCCGGAUCAUAUUCGGCUUCGGGUGCUAUAGCGGGUACGGGAACUACGUGUACUACUUGUUCAGGAUACGCUGGAAAUUCAGGAAAUAGCGGAUCUAGUUCUAGUAAACAGAAUAAUGUUAAUAGCGCAGGAUCCGCAUCGGAUUCUGGGUCUACUAGCAACGUUUUAGUGAACAAUUUCGAAAUACCAAACGAUUACUCAAAUCCCAAAUCAGCACCGGCUUUCGAUAAACUUAACAAAGGAUUUGAAUCAGAUAAUCACAACGCAGCAUAUUCUGGUAGUAUUGAAGGUUCCAAGUCUUGUUGUCAAGGACCUUUCCCUGGACCAAAAGGUAGUAUUAGUGAUUUUAAACCGGCACCUCCCGGAGGUGGAGCCCCUCCCGCUUGGACUCCUGAAGAACAGCAACCAACUAAUACUGGAACAAUUGGAAUUUCUACCCAAUUGAUACACUCCUUCCCGGGCUCUCAUGGUGGUAUACACGAUAGUAAACCGGCCUUUGAUAAACCUUAUAAUGGAGGAAGUAUUCCUGUAUCAGUAGUAGUAGAAACUCCUCACCAACCUCAAACUCACGUACCUGGUAGCGACGCUAUAAGUGUUAUUGGAACUCUACCGGGACCUACAGGCAGUAUUUAUACUAGUAUUCCUUCCGGACACCAACCUGAACCACAAUACGUUCCAAUUCCACAAAUUCCCUCUCAACCAGGUCCAUCUCUAGAUCUCAUUCACAGUUUCCCUGGAAAACCAGGAAAUAUACAUGACAGUAAAGUUGUACCAUGUACUGGAGGAUGGUGUCAAUCUAACCAACAAGGUUACAAUGUUAAUCAAAAUUCCAACACUGGUACUGGUUCGAUCUCAGGGAAUUACAAACCUGAAAGUUAUCAUCCCAAAUUUCCUGAUUGUUCUACUGGACAAUGUGACGAAUAUGGAGGUAAAUUAGCUUGCCAUGGUAACGACUGUUUUGGACCAGGGAAAAAACCAUCCAACGCUCAUUUCUCCGCAGGCGCAAGUGCUAACAGCAAUGCAAACCAUGAAUCUGGUUCCAUUAAUAUAAAUCUUAGUGAACCAUCAACUGAUACAUACCAACAAAGUCCAUGCAAAUCUGGAAACUGUAAUGGAAAACCAACGGAUGCUGGAGGACAAAGUCCUCAAAAACCUGCUGUAGAUUUAACGCCCAUAAAUGUUCCAUCUGGAAGUCAGCAGAAUGGUUAUCCGGCUCCUGGUAGUAUUAAUUUUGGUGUCGAUCAUCCCAUACCUUCUUCUCCGGGAUCUCUUUGCUCUGGACUUGAAUGUCUAUUACCUGGUACAAAAGAGACACCAAGUUCUUCUUCUAAAGACUGUUCAGGGGCUUAUUGCAUCAAUGUCGUUCCUGAAUCUCAAAUAAUUCCGAGCUGUUCAAGUGGAAAUUGUCACAAUCAACAGAAAAAUAUUCAAAAAAGCGAUUCAACUAGUACAGUAGAACAGCCCAUCGAAGCAGAACCUACACAUAUCCAAAAAGAAACACCAGCAGCGAUCGAUAAACCACACGAUCAAGGACCAGGUGCCAGUCAAGAUUUUCUACUACCAGGAAACAAACCAUAUCAUCGUCAUAGCAUUAAACCAUCACAUCCAAAAAAAGAGCAUGAAAAACCAGCUAGUGAAGGAUAUUAUACUUGCACUGGAACUUCUUGUCCAUUACCUAAACACCCUGGACAAAUAACCUCACAACCAUCACAAAAUUUCGAACCAUCCAAACUUACACCAUUCAAUAUACCAGACGAAUAUAAGGGAGCUGGUGGACACGAUAGACUUUAUCCAGGUUAUACCCAGAAAGAAUCGCCACAAUUAAAACCAUUCAAGAUACCCAACGAAUAUAAAGUACAAGAAGAUCAAGAGCAAAAAGAGGAAACUCCAGUGGAUAUACCAGUUCUAAUCGGCGGGGAGCCUCAGAUACAAGGAAACAAACCAGUUAGUCAUUAUACAGGCAAUAAUGGUUUUGUAGCUGGUGAAGUAAUUGUGCAGAAAUCUGAAGAUACUGUAGUUCCCGUUGUAGACGUUUUUAUACCAGGUUCCAUCAAACCAGGAUAUCAGUGCUCUGGAAGCCAAUGUGGUGGAUACAAACCAACAACAAAUGAUGGAUUCGUUCAAGGAACAAAUUCUGGUGCUCAAUCAAGUUCCUCGGGUGCACAUAAUCAAGGAAAUGUUCAUGGAAAUGAUUGCUCUGGGGGUUGGUGUAAAAUACCCAUCGCUGGUGGUUUCAAUGGAGCAGUAUCAGGAUCGCAAGCAGAUACCGUUAGUGAAAAUCUACAAGGUAAUAUCCAAGGAAGUGGAUGUACUGGAGGAAAAUGUGGAACUGAAUUAAACGCUGGAAGUAACUCAGGAUCAGGAAGCUAUGGAGGAGGUUGUACCAGUGGAAACUGUGGCCUAAAUGGGGGACUAUCGGGAUCACAAUCAGGUGCCUCUAGCGAAAAUAUACAAGGUUAUUCACAAGGAAGUGGAUGUACAGGAGGAAAAUGUGGAACUGGUGCUGGAAGUCAUUCAGGAUCAGGAAGCUAUGGAGGAGGUUGCACAAAUGGAAACUGUGGCCUAAAUGGGGGACUAUCGGGAUCACAAGCAGGUGCCUCUAACGAAAAUAUACAAGGUUACUCACAAGGAAGUGGAUGUACAGGAGGAAAAUGUGGAACUGAUUCAAAUGCUGGAAGUAACUCAGGAUCAGGAAGCUAUGGAGGAGGUUGUACAAGUGGAAAAUGUGGCCUAAAUGGAGGAUUGUCAGGAUCACAAGCAGGUGCCUCUAGCGAAAAUAUACAGGGUAAUUUCCAAGGAAGUGGAUGUACAGGAGGAAAAUGUGGAACUGGUGCUGGAAGUCAUUCAGGAUCAGGAAGUUACUUAGGAUCAGGAAGCUAUGGAGGAGCUAAAGGUGGUUGUAAAGGCGGAUCGUGUGGAUUUUCUGGUAACAAUGGUGCUUACAGCGGUGCCUUCUCCAGCAGCUCCUCGUUUGGAGGAUCCGGUAGUGGUGGUUACAAUAGCCACGGGUCAGGAAGUAAAGCUUUCAGUAGCAGUGGCUCAGGUGCCUUUUUAUCAAACGCUCAAGGAGGGGGAUUUGGUGGAUUACCACUUUUGAAAGAAUUGAUUAAUCAAUCUAUCAAAGUAGGAGAUUUCCAUUCAGGAGCAGGAGCUUUCAGUGGAUCCGGUGCUUAUUCUGGAGGUGGGUCUGUAGCUCAUUCUUCUGCUUAUUCAAGCGCAGGAUCGUUUUCAGCAAAAUAACUGCCUAGUAGAUGUAAGAACAUGUGCCAGACGCUUUACUAUGUGAUCUAAUUUCUAAGACUAUUUUUAUAAGUGUCCAUUUAACGAAAAUGUGAUUUUUUUAUGUAAUAUAAACUUAUUUAAA